AGUUCUUAUGGGUUUGGAUCAUCUUUUGUAUAAUAAAACUUGUAAUUUUUUGCCAUCUUGCCUUCAUUUAAUGUCACUUCCAAAUGAGAAAGUGCCGGUUCUUCUUUCUAGAACUGCUUGGGGAACAGGAGGUUUCAGCUGCUCAGAGUCUCUUGAAGAUCCGGUUUGUGAGGGCGACCGCUUACAGCCGUCACUUCCUGACAAAGGAGAACGGCGGGGGCCCUGGCAGCAGCCGCAAGCGGACAUGCACUGUGAGCUCGCCGCGGGUCAGAAAGGCAGCGCCCGCGUCGAGGUGAGCGACAAAUGCCAGGGAGCGCCUCAGAAGGAUCUGCCGCGGGUGACUCGUCCCGGCGCUGGUAAAGCUCACUUGAAUCCUCAGAUGUCCUUUAAAGUAUCUGUCAGCAACGGCGGUGACCACACGGAGCCUCAGCAGAGCCCCCUUGAAAUGUCAGCACCUCUGCUAGAUUUCAUCCCCAAACGCCCCAGCAUAUUCGAAAGGAUUCCGAUUCUGCCCAGGGCGCAGGAGCUGCGAUGCGCUAGAGGCUCGAAAGAUUAUUUCCAGCAGCAGAAACCUCAGAGCCUGAAGGUGAACGGUGGCUACAAUCACUGCAGUUUGAUCUCUGAGAAGAAGAACAUGAUGGACAUGGAGAUGACGAGUAGCUCGGUGCCUGUCUGCAGGCAGGGCCUGUUCCUGCACGCGGGGAACUCCCUGGUGCGGGACCACGCGCUGUCCCGGGAGAGGCUGCUGCACGUGGGCCAGCUCAACUUGGCGCACUCGGAUCUCAGGUCACCCAGGUUUCAAGACUCAGUAGAUUCUGCUGCUCCAUGCCUGAAUGGAAGUCACCCGGCUCAGCACAUUAAACAAGAAUGCCCCAGUGACUAUAAGGUUCUGUCUGAGGCUUCCACACAUAGGAGGAUUACAGAGGGGAUGGAGCUGAGAGCCUCCGGUAGUCUGCAUCCUGAACUAGACCUAAUGAAUAAUAGCUUUACAAAUUCACUUUCCUCCUACUUGUUUAAUAAUGAACACAGCUCCUCCCUGGGUCCUUUGUCACUUGGCACCCCUCAGCACUCGGCUAGGCUGCAAACGAGCAACCUGAAGAAGAGAUGCAUCUCUGUUGUGCCGUCUUCAGCCGAAGGAAUCGACAUUACAGCGAUCAUCCGCACGUCGCAGACGUCACUGGUCACCUGUGUGAAUGGACUGCGAACUAACUCAGCUGGCAUUUCCUCUCAUCCUGUGGAGAUCAGUCAUCACAGUGCUCAAAAAUCCUCUCAGCCCCAGUCUUGCUCUCAGCCUGGAAAUCCUUGCAGUAUUCCCUCCCCUCCAGCAUGUCUUGUACCUCUUUCCACUGAAUGUGACAGAGGUGACUGCGAGCAGAUGCAAAUGCAGCAAGUCGAGGAGAAUGGCAGCCUCAGCCUUAUGAUGAAUGGUACGAGCCAUCCUCACCAGAACUCACACGGCACCCAGAAGGUGAGUUUCUUAAAACAAGAACCAGCUGAUGAUUAUUCCUCCACUGCUGAUCUUUUUCGCCAUCACCAGGGGCUGCCUCCCCCUUACCACCUCCACCAGCAGCUCAGCCAGACCCCAGGGACGUUGCCUCACCUCAGCACCUCCAUGUCCCCCAAGUCCCUGCAGCCCAGCGACGGCGAUGAGCAGGACCUCAGCAGCGGCAAGCAGGUCUGCCAGUGGAUUGACUGCAGUGCCACUUACGACCAACAAGACGAACUGGUCAGACACAUAGAAAAGACUCACAUUGACCAGAGGAAAGGAGAGGACUUCACUUGCUUCUGGGCAGGCUGUGUCCGCCGCUAUAAACCCUUCAAUGCUCGCUACAAACUGCUUAUUCAUAUGAGGGUUCACUCGGGAGAAAAACCAAACAAGUGCAUGUUUGAAGGGUGCAACAAGGCAUUUUCUAGGCUUGAGAACCUCAAGAUUCACCUCCGGAGUCACACCGGGGAGAAGCCAUACCUGUGUCAGCAUCCUGGCUGCCAGAAAGCUUUCAGCAACUCCAGCGACCGGGCAAAGCAUCAGCGGACACACCUGGAUACCAAGCCCUACGCCUGCCAGAUUCCCGGCUGCUCCAAGCGCUACACCGACCCCAGCUCCCUGCGCAAGCACGUCAAGGCUCACUCGGCCAAAGAGCAGCAGGUGCGUAAGAAGCUUAAGUCCUGUACUGAUAUUGAACAAGAUGUACUCAGUGAAUGCUUAGCUAUGCAACAGCUCCACACAUCUUCACAGCACAUCCUGGAUGGGAAGUGUGGCAGAUCUGUGGGUGCUCAUGAUUUAAUUACAGGCAUGUACAGUGGAUCCAGCACCAACCACAACGGCCCCUCCCCAGCUGUGCUGCCGCCUCCUCACGACAUCCCUCCAAGGCACCUUCCCCUCGACUCUGCCCUGCCCAGCCCACAUCACCAGCAGUCGCCGCUGGAGAGUGCCAGGGACGGGCUUGCUCCCAACAUAAUCUCUCCACUUGUCAGCCCCCUGAAAGCUUUAGUUCCACCUUCCCUCUUGCAGAAACACGGCUCUCCAUCAUCCCACAGCCAGUCACCCAACGGGCAGCAGUUUUCUGGGAUUCCAAACACACCAUACGCCCCAUUUCCCAACCAGUCUGUACAGCAGGGAUCUCAAGGUUACCAAGGCAGCUUUCACUCCAUACAAAACUGUUUCCACUACGGAGAUUGCUACAGAACAAUGGACCAGUCCGUCAGCAGCGAUGUGCUCACAGGGGAAUCCCACUGCUUCAAUCCUCUGAGGCAGAAUGGCUAUCACAUACUCAAUGCACCUUUAGCUUCAACAGGCUAUGAGGGGAUCUCCGAAGCCCAGUGUGUAUCUGAAGACAUGGUCUCCAAUGGAACGGAUGAAAAUGGAUUCUUCCAGAACAGUGCCUUUGAUCACUGCUUGAAUCACAUUCCUUCCAUCUACACAGACACCUAAGAGCAGUGCUGGCCUUGUUUCCUUUAUUAUACCUAUAACUGCGUAUGUAAUUAACAAAGGUGUUGUUCAAGUACUUUUAUUUAGUCUGUAUCCCUAUAUGUGCUCAUUUAAAUGAACACCUCACAUUUACCAAACCAUUUUAUACAUGAAUAGUCUGUAUAAGAUAAUAUUGGAACUUGUUCCUUUGCUGUGGCACUUUGAAAUUCAUGCUUUAAGGGAAUGAGGAGCAUUUCAAGCAGCUUGUUUUGUAAGUUCUCUCAGUAAAGUGUAAAUGUAAGUUAUAUAAUAAACUUGUAAAGAAGAUGUUUUCCUUCUUGGAAAGUAUGCUUCAAUCUGAGAAUGUUGUCCCCUUUAAUCAGUUUUCAUUUAACUUGUUGGUUCGGUCUUCUCUUUUUUCUUUUUUU